AUGUCUAGUUCGGGGACGCAAGACAGCCCGAUACCUUCGGGACAAAGCUCUUCAAUUCCACAACCCAGUACUUCGCAAAGCGAGAGUCCGCACCAGGAUACAGGCAUUGCAAAAGAUCAUGAGCCAUGCCGUUGGAACUCAUUUGUUGAUAUGACUGGUCAUCUAUCCCCUGACCACUUGCAACACCUCCAUCAUCCUUCAUCUGCCGCGGCUAGCCACGAAACCGUUUCCGUCGACAACAACGUACAGAGUUGCGAAGCUGCUGGAGGUUUGGACUCACAACUUGGUGAAUCAAGACAAGCUGAGAGUCUUGAUACAGCCCGUUCAUCACCAAUUGCCAAUGCCACAUCAGCAUGGGCCGAAACUCUGGAGGGGCAUGAGAGCGAUGGCAACCGAGUGCCGUUCUACCCAGGUGACAAAAGAGGACCAGCUUUCGUGAUAGACAUCUGCAAGCCCGGAAGACUAAACAAUAGUAAUCAUGCUUUUGUGUCCCUGCCCUCGCUAGAAUCUCUUUUGCCAGAGGAGAUAGAGUACCUCCGGUUCAAGGGAUGCUUUUCCUUACCCCAACACUCGCUAAGAGAGACUCUUGUCAAAGCUUACUUCCAUUAUGUCCACCCCUUUGAACCGGUCUUGGAUCCUGAAGAAUUUUUCAACAAGUAUAGCAAAGGUCAUCUUAGUUUGUUACUACUAUGGAACGUAUUUAUGUGCGCUGCAAGUUUCGUCGAGGACAGUUUGUUCGCCGAAAGCCGUUACGACUCUCAGCUUGCUUUCAAGCACACAGCUUUUCAACGAGCCAAGACAUUAUAUGAUGUAGAUUAUGAGAAGAACAAACUUACCCUAAUCCAGUCUGUGUUUCUCAUGGGGCACUUUUACGCUAAUGCUGAAGAUCGCCUGGGUCCUUGGCAUUGGAAUGGGAUUGCCACCAGCCUCUCCCAUACCAUCGGCCUUCACAUGUUGACAUCCCCAGCACGAGAUGGCAUUCAACCCUUGUGGCGACGUGUCUGGUGGUGUAUCUACUACCGCGAAGUAUGGCUGUCAAUGGGCCAGGGUCGACCAAUGCGGAUAUCUCUCGAUCAUUGCUCAACUCCAAUACCGGGGUACUACGAUACAAGUCCCGACUGUUCACCAGAGUAUCAGCACUAUUUACCUGAACAGCUCGGCACGCUGCUCGGGAUGUGGCUACGACUGAUUGGAGUGACUUGCGUCAUGGGAGGAGUAUUGUCGACUAACUAUGCUAUCAAGAAUUCAAGACCUUCGAGGGCGGCCAUUGAAAGAGACGAAAGCGAGAUUCGUGCUAACUGGUUUCCCGAUGACCAUAAUGACCAAAGCCCAGUGCUAGCAUCGCACUUGUAUCAGUUCCGGCUUCAUACUCAGGCGGCAAUCAUAACUCUCUACCGACUAUUCCUCUCUGAAACACCACAUGGAGUUCCAGCAGAGGAGCAGGAUUCCUGGAGAACUUUUGCAAAGAACAAAGUUCGGGCUGCAGCUUCUCACGCAACGCAGGCCGUCAAUUCUAUGAUGGCAGAGGAUCUAAUGAAGUUUGCCCAGACGGUCACCGUCCUCAUCAUUGGCCCCCCAAUCCAAGUACACUUGCUCGAGAUGAUGUCAUCCAAGCCGUCGUCGAGCCAAUUAGCAAAGCAUAACUUGGCCGUCUGCCUGUUAGCUCUACAAGAGAUGCGAAAGUCUUAUAUCUCUGCCGACGCUGCGUACAAUCUGUUCGACCGCGCUAGAAUCAUGAUCGGGAAAACGCUUCGAGAAGCUGAGGUCGUCUCAAGAGAACCGACUGCGUUACCAGAAACGCAGGGAAUUAGGACUACGCAGUGGCUUGAUGGUUCUGAGGGCUAUGACUUUGCAUCGACAGGGAUUCUAUCAACACUUUGGACGCCAUUCGCUGAAUUCAUGCCUGAGGAUAUUCCGGAAAUAACUCCCAGACUAGGGUCUGAUGAAGUGGACGUGUUGAUGCGAUUCGAGUUAGCGCAGAGAUUCCCCAACUCUGAAUAG